AUGGUGAUCAGCACCACCAUAAGGCAAGUAAUUCAUCUGAAGCAGUUGAAAGUUCAGGUAGCGAAUAGUUUAUUAUCAGAAGAGGCAGUGCUAGGUUAUGAGUUCGGAUUUGCAAUGGAACAUCCGAAACGUUUGUGCAUUUGGGAGGCACAGUUUGGCGAUUUCUUCAACGGUGCUCAGAUCAUUAUCGAUACGUUUGUGGCUGCUGCUGAAAGUAAAUGGCUAACACAGAGUGGACUGGUGAUGAUACUGCCGCACGGCAUUGAUGGAAUGGGACCGGAGCAUAGUAGUUGUCGAAUGGAACGCUUCUUGCAGUUGACUAAUAGCCGCGAGGAUCAGUGUCCUGCCGACGGUGAAUCCGUAAAUAUGAACAUUGCUAACCCUACCACUUCUGCGCAGUACUUCCAUUUACUCAGAAGACAG